AUGUGGCGCUUGACGGCGACGCUGCUGCUGCUGGCUCUGGCCUCGGCCGAACCCCAAGGAUAUAAUUACGAGGAACCCGACAACCAAUACCUUCCUCCCGCAAAAUGCAAGCUUGCUCCUGUCACCUCCGUCGUCUACAACACUCAGCUCCAAACCUCAGUCCGCCUCCAGACCGUCAAUCAAGUCAACACUCAGUACAGAACCACAACCAUUGUCAGGCAACAGGUGGUGCCAACCACACUUUUCCAGACUCGUGUUCAAACACAGGUCCAGUAUCAGACCAGCGUUGUUCAACAAACAACCGUUCGUGCUGUUGACAGGUUUGUCACCCAGACCGUUCCAAGUCCACCUGUUGUACAAACGCGUUUCGUCACUUCAACCCGUGUGGUGCCGCAGGUCAACUAUGUCACACGUACACAGGUGCAGACGCAGGUUGUUCCUGUAGAGGUGACCAGCACUCAGGUCCGGACUAUCAUCCAGCCUCUUACUAAUUACAGACACAGGAGCGUCAAGCUACCCGUGUCGUCACUGUCCCAGGCCGUGACGUUGAGCCAACAGCCAGCUAUCACCCGUUUUGUAACAUCCACACGUGUGCAACAGGUUGUCCAGACAUCUGUCGUCCGUGGACAGGAUGUUGUUAGAACUACUGUUGCUCAGCGUCAACAGGUCAUUCCUUUCACAUCUGUUAACACUCGUUAUGAGAAUGUCGUUGCUACUCGUCAACAGGUGGUGACGAGAACCAAUAUUGCUACCCAGACACGCAUCCUCACACAGGUGGUACCUCAAGAGGUGGUACGUACUCAGGUGGUUCCCACCACCAUCUACACCACUCUCUUCGAGACAAGGGUUCAGCCCUUCACACGGGUGCAGACCGUUGUCAGGACCCAGUACGUCACACCGGUCCCCGUGGUACAAACCCGUCAGGAAGUCCGAACCUCUGUGGUCCAAGUACCCGGCCAAGACCGCGUCGUUAACCAGGAGGUGGUGCAGACCCAACAAAGACAGGAGGUCGUGUACCGCACAGUCAACCAGCCUCGCCAAGUUACCGUCACUCAGACAGUUACUUCUUCUUGUGGAUAUAAUUACGAUGCCCGGCCGUUCCCUUCAAUUUUUAGAAAAAAAAAAUUUAUCAAAAUGGAAACUUUUGCAAAUGUUAAUAUUUGCUUUCCCAUUGUAAAUGUAAAUGUGAAAUACACACCAGUAUUCUAA